AUGGCGUCUCUUCAGACCUUGAAGCUGGCUCUGAGGCAGGAAGCCCAGGCCAUGAUGUCCCCAGCGCAGCCUCUGUCCAAUGCUCAAUACAGAGAUGGGUUCGACAUCAUAAGACGGUGCUCGGAUAAGUCAAUAUACGAGGACUUCAUCAUCCCGCAACUAGAACUCCUCUUGAAUAGUUUCCUCAAAUCUCGCAGCACUAUUUCAGUGCUUGAAAUCGGACCCGGUCCGGAAAGCAUACUUGGAGAUCUAUCUGAACAUGUUAGGCAAAAGAUCAGAAAAUAUGUUGCAUUGGAGCCCAACACACUAUUUUUCCAAUUACUGAAACAGUGGUUGGCUUCGCGCCCAUUUCCUUCUUUAGAAAGCCCACCCAAUGUUCGAGAAGUUCCGUUCACUCUAGAUGAUGGAAAUGCUGGAGAUAGCGGCAUUGGUGCGAGCCAUUUUGAUGAGAAAUUCGACAUCAUUCUUUUUUGCCACAGCAUGUACGGCAUGAAGUUCAAGGACAAAGUUCUAAAACAGGCCAGAGACAUGCUGGUUGAGCGACCAGAGAGUGGGAUGAUUGUGGUAUUUCAUCGUGACGGAGUCCUGCAGCUUGACGACUUAGUGUGUCAUAAGACGGUCUCAUUCCCUACCGGAGUCAGCCGCAUACCAAAUGUCCCCGAGAUACUGGACUGUUUCACACCCCUCAUUGCGGGUUUCGUCAUGCAGGACGUCAAUGUAGAUGAAGCCAUGCGGCUCAAGUGGCGCGAAGUGUGCUAUGCGCUGGCUCGUCGCGAGCAAGGCGAUCCAGAGUAUCUGUUGUUUAGCUCGCCCAACAUCAUGGUGACCUUUACCCGAGAUGCGACUAUGCUACCAGCCCUAACGGAACUGGUACCACUGAGUGAUGGGCAGAGGAUUGUUAAAAACAGAGAGGCUUAUUCUCGCCAUCCCGUCCCUGUUGUUGUGCCAAAGGAUGUUCAACAAAUCCAAACUUGCGUCCAAUGGGCUUUGGCCUACAAGGUCGGCUUGACCGUGGUGGGUGGGGGCCAUAGCGGGCAUUGCCUGUGGCCAAAUGUUGUAUCGGUUGAUAUGGCUGCCUUUAAUCAAGUACACAUUGUCUCUUCCGACGACAAGAUAGGGGACCCCGGGUCUGAUCACGGUCCAUGGGUCCUCGCGGGAGCUGGCUGCAACACUGGUGAUAUCAUCCGCAAGGCCGCAUCAGCAGGUUUGACUGUACCACUGGGCUCCCGGCCGAGUGUUGGUGCGGGACUCUGGCUGCAAGGCGGCUUCGGUCACAUGGCUCGAUCACACGGGCUGGCGUGCGACGCAAUUGUAGGUGCUAUCUUGGUCACCGUUGACGACGGAAGGAUUAUUCAUGUUGGUCAUGUACCCAGCCAGCAUCGGCCAGCCGGUUCUAUACGCCCUGAAAACGAAGAUGAUUUGUUAUGGGCAAUCAAAGGUGCCGGAACAAACUUUGGCAUCGUGGUCAGCGUCACUUUCAGGGCCUCUGCUGCUCUGAGCUAUUCAGUCCGGAACUGGAUUUUCUCACUUGAUGAUGAGCUCCAGGCACAGCAUAGGCUUGGCCAUCUAGACCAAGUAGCCACAAAGCUCGCCCGAAACUGUUCCGUAGAUGGGUAUUUGUUUUGGGAUAAAGAUCGGCUUUGUCUCGGGGUGACAGUAUUCGAAUCCGCAACGACCGAGCACACUUUGGAAACAUCCGAGAAUGCAUAUGCAAUUCUUGGAAGCGAACAUCACCGCCAAGUUGUCGAUGGCGUUGGUCUGUUUGACACCGAGAUGUACAUAUCCUUGAUGCACGGCGGGCACAGCGGUGGCAAGACUUCCUCAUUCAAGCGAUGCAUAUUCUUGAAGCAUAUUGGGACUCCAGAUGUCCGCAAUAUCCUGGUGUCAGCUCUACAAUCUCGGCCCUCUAGGCUUUGCUACCUUCAUCUACUCCAAGGUGGCGGGGCGAUCGAUGACCUGAUGGGCCAGGACUCUGCUUUCGGCUGUCGAGACUGGGACUUUGCUUGCGUGAUAACUGGUGUCUGGCCUCGCAAUCAGGACGGAACUACUACAGCUCAGGAGGCCAUGCAAUGGGUUUACAAAAUUGCUAUGGACUUGUUACCUCUAAGCAACGGAGCAUACGGUGCAGACCUUGGGCCGGACCCUCGAGAUGCGCCACUGGCUAGAGCUGCCUUUGGAUCAAAUCAGCCGCGUCUUUCCCGCCUUAAAUCUCUUUUGGACCCGUAUAACGUUUUAGCUUACGCAUGUCCGCUUCAAAUAUCCACGAGACCGAAGCUCAUCAUUCUCGUCACAGGCAAAAGCGGUGCCGGCAAAGACUACUGUGCAACGUCCUGGGCUUCUCUCCUCAAUGCUCGGAGACUCGAGGCACGUGCAGUAAGCAUCAGCCAGGUGACGAAACAACAAUAUGCAGCGGCUACUGGUGCCGAUCUGAAGCGUCUGCUUUGCGAUCGUGGUUAUAAGGAGCAGCAUCGACCAGCAUUGACACAGUUUUUCCAUGAGCAGGUGCGGAAAAGACCUCAACUUCCAGAGGAUCAAUUUGUAAGAGUGGUGCGUAAUGCUGCAGAUGUGGAUGUACUGUUCGUCACGGGUAUGAGAGACGAGGCACCAGUUGCGACCUUUUCGCAACUAGUACCAAACAGCAAACUCCUCGAGGUGCGUGUCCAGACUAAGGAAGAUACAAGACGAGCUCGUCGAGAAUGUCGAGACAACAAUGAGGUCGACUGUGGUAAUUGGAUUCCUGGUGAGAUUCGUGAUGGUGAAUCCAACUCGACAGUUCCAGGUUACCGACCUGAUUUCGUCAUGAACAAUGACGUAACUGGAAACGAAGCAAUAAGCAAAUUUGCCCACGAUCAAAUCUUUCCAUUCUUGGACAAGGAUCUGGAUCGCCUUUCCGACAUGGUACGGUCGAUAUCCAACUUUCCACGACCCGGCAUCAAGUUCCGUGACAUACUGGGCAUCUCUCAACAACGAGACGGGCUCUCCUUAUGUACAUCUCUACUAGAAACUCAUUUUUCAGGUGACUGGACCCGGGUUGAAGCGAUAGUUUGUUGUGAAGCCGGUGGCUUUGUAUUUGCAUCAGCUCUAGCUGCGAAGGUCAAUGUGCGCUUGGCGCUCAUCCGAGAGGCUGGCAAACUGCCUCCACCCACUGUGCCCGUGUCCAAGUCUCCAUCACAUAUCUCAAACUUUGGAGCUACUGGUUCGAACAAUAAGGCAAUGGAGAUGGGCAGUGAUGUGAUUUCCAAAGGGUCAACCGUGGUUGUAGUGGACGAUGUGCUUGCCACUGGAAAGACGCUCUGCGCAGUGUUGCAGCUGUUGCAAAGCGUCGGUGUCACUCCCAAAGACGUCACCGUCAAUGUUGUUGCUAAGUUUCCCGUGCACGGCGGACGAGCGUUACUGCAUCGUGAAGGCUUAAGCGAGGUUAAGAUCGAAAGCCUCCUAGUAUUUGGUGAUGCUUGA